AUGGGGUCGAUCACCAGGAACCUCCAAGGUGUUUUAUUGGGUGCACCAGGUGUCACGGGCAAGAGGGUCACGACGUUACCAAAAACCGGCCUGACUGAUUUUAUGCGGUCAGUAAUUUCUAAGGAAAAAGAAACCAAAGAGCCCUUUUACGUACUAGAUUUAGGAGUGGUGUCUGCCCUCUUUGACAAGUGGACACGUACCCUUCCCAUGGUAUGUCCCUUUUAUGCCGUCAAGUGCAAUCCUGAACCAGCUCUCCUCGGUUCAUUGGCGGCUCUUGGCUCAAACUUUGACUGUGCUAGCCAGGCCGAGAUAGAAUUGGUUUUAUCUCUGGGAGUCUCUCCGGACCGAAUCAUUUAUGCGAAUCCAUGCAAGCCAGGGUCACACAUCAAAUACGCAGCCAGCGUGGGUGUCAAUUUAACUACAUUUGAUUCGAAAGAAGAGCUCGACAAAAUUCAAAAAUGGCAUCCGAAAUGUGCAUUGCUCAUUCGGAUUAAAGCCCUUGAUGAUAGUAUAGCAAGGUGUCCAUUGGGUUCCAAAUAUGGCGCGCUUCCUGAAGAAGUCACGCCUCUUCUCGAAGCCGCUCAAACGGCUAGGCUCAAUGUUGUUGGUGUUUCGUUCCAUAUAGGAAGCGGAGCCACAUAUUCUCAAGCAUACGAAGGAGCCAUAGCUUCGACUAAAUCUGUAUUUGAAGCCGCAGUUCGUCUUGGCAUGCCUAGAAUGACGAUACUGAACAUCGGCGGCGGCUUCACCGCUGGAUCCCUAUUUGACGAAGCAGCUACAACGAUUAAACCCGCCCUGCAAGCUUAUUUCCCAAAUGAACCGGGCCUAACCAUCAUUUCUGAGCCGGGCCGUUUUUUUGCCGAGUCGCCUUUCACAUUAGCCACCAACGUUAUAGGAAAACGUGUUAGAGGAGAGUUAAGAGAGUAUUGGAUUAAUGACGGUAUUUCCGGCUCCCUGAACUGUAUUUUAAAUGAUCACGCAACUAUCACAUGCACACCUCUAGCUUGCAAUUCUAACAGUGCGAAUCCCACGUGCAAAGGAGAAAGGAGCUACAGUUCGACGGUUUUCGGACCGACGUGUGAUGCUCUUGACACGGUUUUGACGGGUCAUCAGUUGCCGGAAUUGCAGGUUGAUGACUGGCUUGUGUUCCCUAAUAUGGGUGCUUAUACAGCGGCUGCUGGGUCAAGUUUCAAUGGGUUUAACACAGCUGCUAUUUUGACUUACCUUUCCUACUCGAAUCUGAGCUAG